UUAAAACCGAAUAGCAUUUUAAACUGAAACAAAAUUGAACAUUAAAUAGAUCUGGGACAUCUAAAUAUGCUACAAAAGUUAUCUGGCAGUCUUACAACACUUUUAUCUGGCUAUCUGGCUACAAGAUUGCUGACCAAAAGUAAGGACUCAAAUCCAAAAGGGAGGGAGUAGCGAUAGAGUGACCUGCUAAUGACGUGCUGACAGCUGGAAGAGCCUGCUGGUGUCGGUGUUAACAUACCUGUGGCCUGAUCUACCUGCUGAUGACAGUCAUGUUCGCUGACUGACGAGAAACAUUUCUGUCCCCUAAUAAGUUAAGCGACGUCUAAUGACUAUAGUGGCGGUGGGGCGCCCAGAAAAGACACCCCAGACGUUUGAUGGUUCUCCCACUCCCACGCUAGUGGCUGUUUGAUCAGCUCCCAGAACUAACGGGCACCACAGGGGACCAUGUCUCUGCUGCUGACCUCAUGCACCAUGGGCAAGCAGCCCGACAGGCUGCUCAACAAGGGACCUGGAUACCUCAGAACUCGGACCAACAUGGGCAUGUUUGCCCAGAACCGUAAGAGCGCCGUAGAGCUGCUGGCAGCCAGCAAGUCCCAGUUCUACACCAUCAAGGGCUCAGUCCCGCUGGACAAGCACCAGGACCUGGCGGUCACUCACGGACAGAACCAAAGGUUCAGCAUCAAAGGUAAACAGAGAGAGCCCUCACGCUCCAAGUCUGAGUUUGACCUGAGUAAAAUCCAGCUGUACAAGACUGAGGAGGAGAGUGAUGAGAACAACAAUGACACUAGCACAGACUCCAUUGUCCUCACUGAGUCUGUAGACACCAGUCCACACCCGGGGGACAGACUUGCUGCAGGGAACAAUGGCCAGCCUACUCAAGCUCAUAGAGACAGUUUGAGCAAAGAGGUGCCACUCAGCCUUGUGAAACAAGAGUCAUCUGUGCCUAGUGAUGCUCACCCAAGCCCCUCUGUGCAGGAAACAACCCUCCCUGUGUUUGCUGAGAAACUAACCGUUUCUCUUGAGUCUGAAGGCAGAAGUACUCAGGUCAAAAACACACCUGAACCUGUCGGGAAAAAGCCAGUUCCGUUACCCAGGAAAGCUAGAGAAAAACCAAUUCCUCCUCCCCGACCACGCUUACCUAAAACACCUGAGGCUGAAGCCCCUAAUGAUAACACUUUCAUUCAAAGGCAAGUUUUUUCAGAACCAUCUUCGUGCACCUGGGGCAACAAUUCACCAGAAGUUAGCAAUGGUUUAAUUACUGACACACCAAAGUUAAAAAACAAGCUACCAGUAACUGAUGCAACUGUUAACAAAAAACUGUCCCGAGUAGAGACCCUCACCCAGAGGUUUGCCACUCUCUCAGAGCCCAGCACAGUUGUGGCUGAGGAGAAAAUAUCCAGACCAAAGACACCAGUACAGCUGUCUGACAAGUGCACUUACACAGCCACACCAGUCUUCAUCAAGUCUAACCUCCCUCAAAGUUUUGAGGCCAGGCCAGUUUUCAUUUCACAGUCAGGUAUAUGCCUCAAAAAUAGCAGCCAGCUAGAGUCCUCUUCUGAAGGCUUGCUUUUUAAAGGAAGGCAACAAUGUUCAGAUUUUACAGAUUCUUUUAAAAGUGCAAAGAAAGAGGGCUUAACUUUAACUAAAAAAGAUAGUAUAGAGUCUGAAACAAAAAGCAGUUCACCAGUUUGUAAAUCAGAAAUGUCCAUUGAGAGCGCUGAUCAAGCUGUGUACAACUCAGAGAUCAACGCUUGCCCAUCCGCAUCCAUGGAAGCUGAGCUGGUGCCAGGGGAAGAGGAGGAAGCCAGAGAAAUCACCAGAGCCACCUCGUCUUUGAGUGGGUUGAUGGAUCCGCAGGACUUGUCCCCACUGUCUCUCUCCCCCACCCCCUAUUGCUCCUCUGUACCUCGCUCCCACUCAGACAUUAGCUGCAGGCUGGAAGGCCAGCACUCACGGGACAGCUCAAUUGUUUCAAGCCACAGCAGACUUUCCAGGGCCAGUGCUGGGGCAGAUCUGGAGAACUUCUUUAACCAGAUGGGCCUGGAGAAGGGCCUUCUUGAGCCCAUCAGUAGACUGAAGGAGCUCCAGACCAGCGAGGUGUUUGACAGCAUGAGUUCGUUAGAUUCCCAUGAUGCAGCUAGCAUCUGUAGCACGUAUUCCAGGAGUGAUCAGGAGUGGAGUGAAACACAGUCCAUGGAGCGCAGUCAUCAGCAGACCUCUAUUAUAGAGAGGAAUGCCAGAAUCAUCAAGUGGCUAUGUAAUGUCAGGAAGGCAAAGAAUCCUGCCCAGAAAGCUGAUAGUUCUGCUAGUAAGGAUUAAACAUACCAAAGAUUUAAUACUUCUUAAUGCAUUCAGGUGCACAUUUUAUAAUGGGAUUCUAAAAUGAUUAACUUGAGCAUUUCAUGACAUGUCUUGUUCACCUUAUAAAGAGCUUCUUGUUUAUGUACAAUAUUGUGAUAAGUAACACUGUUUUGUCAGAUUGAUGACCAUUGGUUAUAUGCUAACUUCUGUUACUCUCAUUUGGAUAUAAAUAGUGCCUAAUAUAUGUAUAAUUAAAAGGUUUUAAGAACCAGGAGCUUUUUUGAAAUACAUUACCAAGCAUCCUUAAGGGAACAAUAUUUUGGCAGCCUAACAAUGGUUUAUGCAGUAAUGACCAAUUUUUUUUACUGACUUAUUUAAUUUUCAUUGUAUUCCGAUAUUUGUUUUAAAAAGACAAAUUUCUCAAUCUGUAUUAUCGAUGUAGCAUACAGUAUCCAUUUGUUUUCUUUUCCAUCUCCACAAACGUUACCAGCUUUUGCAUUUUCAACUUCAAAGAAAAAUGUUUUUAGGAGGAAAUACAUUUUUACACUGAUAAGUUAAAUACUGGAUUACCUUUUCAUGUAAAAUAACUUUUUAAAGAUAUUCAGACAAAAAUAUUUUAGAAUUAGAUAGUGAUAUAAAUUAAGUAUCAAACAUAACACAUCCAAUUCUAGCCUAAUUUUAGGUUUUCUCUAAAUUAUUCUUGUAAAAAGAAUUGACUAUUUGUAUCUAUGUCCAAAUACCUAGUUAAUAUUUUAUAGUAAAAGUAGUAUUCAGCCCCUUUUCUCCUUAGGGAAAGCACAUGUAAAAAAAAACUGACUGUUGCACAAAUGUAUAUUUAUUAGAAUAGGAUUUAUUCAUGUCUUUAUUCAAUCAAGAUUUUUUAAAAUAUUAACUAGAUGAUGACAAAAAUUUAUUAAUAUUACUAGUUAGAUUUUCUUUCUGUUUAGUUAUAUUUAAAAGAAGAAACGUGUGUACUAUUUUAUAAUUGUCUUUGUGUGAAAACGUGCCUAUCUUUGCUAAAGCAAUCAGUUUAUUGCCUCUUUCUGCCCUGAUCAGCUGAUACUUGUUUACAACUUUCAUUCCUUAUAACCACACUCUGUUGGAGUUUCUACCUUUUAUUUGAAAUGUGCAGCUACUGCAACAAUCAAUACUGGAGAGUAUUUAAAAAUAGAUAGUUUAAUUCUAGCCUUAAAAUGAUUCUUUUACAUUUCUGUGAAAAUGAGUUGAAAGUCAUUUUAAUAUAAUUUUAUCUCACUUGUUUAUAUAUAUAUAUAUAUGUUAUAAGCAUUAGUUUGUAAAUUGUUUAUACAGACAUUAUAGAAAGCAUUAGUCUAUAGAAUUUCUUUAGUGUUGUACUACAGAUCUUCCAUAGGCAUUACUUGUGUUAAUAAAUUAAAUUUUUUAAUACAUCAGCAUGAAUAAAGAGCUGAAUCAGCAGUUUUCAUACCUUCAUACUCUAAAUAAAAGAGCUAAUUAUUCUUCAUGAAAUUUUGAAUAUUCUAUCAAUCAGUAUACAAAGGAGAAUACUUAUGCUAGACUUGAUCAAUUAGACCUAUAUUCUAUAAUGCUGUAUUUUACCACUGCAUUUAGAUUUUUAGUAGUCUGUAUAUUAUACAGAAUGCCAUAUCUGUGGACCAGUGAAGCUUUUAUUAGCUCAAGUUUUUUAUUGUGAUAGUUCUCUUAGUGAUCUCUAUUUAAAUGUUUACAUUUAUAAUUAAAUUAAUGCUGCAGUACUGUCCUUGAAAUGUCAGUUGUUAUGUUAGUUAUCUCAGUUGUAUACAACUUUUGGGGAAAACAAACAAUUGUAUUUAUUUAAAAUAGAAAAUUGGAUUUCUGUGUUGUGUUUUCUAUAUGGUUUAUGUUUUAAAGGUCGAGCCUACACAAGAUGUAAAGAGAUUUAAUUUCAUAUUAUUUACUAACCUCUGAAAUCUAUAGAUCUAAUCACUAUUGACUGGAUAGUCUAAUUAUUUUUAACUACUGCCAUCAGUUUGUCUUGGAACAUCACCUCGGAAUAGAAAAUGAACUAUUUGUAUUCUUAUGUUGCUUAUUCCUGUUUAUUAAAAAACCUGCUGUCCAAGCACAUGUUUAGUCAUAUCUAGAUAACACAAAAUAGUAUCUAUAGCUUAUUUAGUGAAUUCACAAAACAUUCAUUAAAUAUCUGAUGUCUAUGUUAACUAGGAAGCUAUAGAAAGCUAAAGCAAACAAAGGAAAUAAAUAAUGCAGCAGUAUCCCUAGAUUUUGCUCAAUGGUAUAGAGUAAAAAUAUAUAAAUACAAAAAAAAUCUAUUGGGUGUUGAAAAUUAGGGCUCACUGUCAUACUUUUUAAAACUAGUUUUGGUUAAUUAAUCUUGUAAAAGGAAAAAAGUUAUAUGGGUAAUUAUUUAAGGGAAAACAUAUGGUAAUCUGGAAUGUUAUAUUAGCUUAACAAGAAUGUUUCUUUCAAUGUAAAGUUGUUUUUUUUGUUAGUUAUAAUUUAUAACUAGUGUUCUGUUCUUGAUGUGUUUAGCAAAUGAUUGUAUUUUGUGCCAAAUGAAGGUUUGAGUAACUUACUUGAUAAAUAUCAUGAUUUCAUUUGUAAUCAUGUAAUAUUUCUCAUACUGUUUUGUACAUGCAAACAUCUUCAUAUGCAUUUUAAAUUUGGUUUUUGAAUGCAAUAUAAAUUUCUCAAAAAAGUUUGAUAUGUCUUUCAUUAUUAUAAUUGCCAUUUGAUCAGUUUGUGAGAAGCUUUUUUUAAAUAAUCAUUGUACAUAGUUUGUUUUAUAAUAAUCAAAUCUUUUCAUUGUAAUCAAUGGAUAUCCAUAACCCAUUUAUUGUAUUUGUCUGUAGGAUUUAAGUAUUCUUAGUGAAUCUUAUUGUUAUAUAAAACAGGGGCCAAUUUAGCUAGUAUAGUUGGUAUAUUCAAUGUUGUUAAGUUAUAAAGUUAAUUUAUUUAAUUAAAACUUUUUGUUAAAUAAAAAUAAAAGUGCAAGCCAAAUAAAGAUUAUGCAAUUAUU